AUGUAUUGCUAUAAAAUCCUAGCUGUUGUGGCCGUCUUUUGGGCUCCCACAACCGCCUUGGUGUUGGAUCCAAGAGCAGCAUCAGCAGGCCCGGCAGCAUGCGCCAAUCUUACAUUGCGUCUCGGCGACUCCAAGGUUGAAAGCGACAAGUACAGUCCAAGUUACCUGUACACGAAAUACGACUACUGGAACGCUCAGCAGAGCAAGUACACUCCCUCGUGCAUCGCCUAUCCAAGUUCAGCGAAGGAUGUCUCUGAGAUUAUCCAAGCUGUUCGAGCGGCUGGGUCGCGCUUCGCUAUCAAGGCAGCCGGGCACAAUCCCAACACAUUCUUCUCAUCCGUCGAUGCCGGUGUCUUAAUUGAUCUCAACCGAAUGACGGCAAAGUCGUACGACGCAGAGACGACACUCGCAACAUACGAGCCCGGCGGCGACUUUGGAGAAAUUUACGAGUAUUUCAUCCAAUACAACCGGACCGUCGUCGGCGCUCGACUUAGCGGCGUGGGGACUGGACUGGCGCUGGGUGGCGGUCUCAGCUACCUGUCGCCGCAGUAUGGCAUGGCGUGCGAUGGAUUUAAACAGCUGGAAGUUGUGCUGCCUAGUGGCGAAAUUGUUAAUGCAUCUACGACGGAGAACCCUGACCUCUUCUUUGCGUGCCGCGGCGGUGGCGGCAAUGCCUACGGCGUCGUGACCAAAUACACGGUACAGAGCCGCCCUGUGGGUACGUUCACGGCCGGAAAUCUCGUCUAUCUCUUUGAGAAAAACGACGCUAUUCUCCAGGCGAUCGGCAAUUUUACACUAUACAACACAGAUCCUAAGGCAAGCAUCAUCGGUACCUACGAGAGGCUGUUUCUUCCGUCGGGCGGACUCAACCUUGACUCCGCCAUCAUCAUGUUUCUCGUCUACGACGGUGAGGAUCCGGGCGACGUCUUCAAGAACUUUACAUCCAUUCCGGCUGUCUUGAAUACAAUUAGCAAAAAGACAUACCUCGAUGUGGUCAACAUGCCGCUGCCAAUUGCCACCGAGAUUUCGCGUGGCGACAACAUCUUUCGCGUGGCCGCCCACAGCAUCAGCGAGACGGAUAAGACGUACGCGGCUGCCUACGAUGCCUGGUCGAAAUGGUGCGAUACCCACAAGGGCUCCUAUGUGCUGUCAUCGCUUGACUUUCAGCCGGUUCCUAGGUCAUUGACCGACGCCUCGGCCUCGCAGGGGGGUAAUGCCAUGCAGAUGCCGUCGGGCCCAUGGAUCUGGCUCAACUUUCUCAUCACGACACCCCGGGGGAUGCCCAAGGCCAAUUACGAUGCUGUGCAGGCCAGUUUCCGCGACAUGGUGGCGAGUGUACCCAGUGCAAAAGGGCUUCCGCUGUUUAUCAAUGAUGCCAGCUACGACCAGAAUCCACUGAGCACUUUUUCGUCAUAUAAGCGUUUACAGGGCAUCAAGGCCAAAUACGACCCUGAGGGGUUCUUCGCCCAGUAUACAGGCGGCUGGUCAUUUUCUUGA